AUGGGACUUUGGAAGCAAUGUCUUUUUGUGCUGGCUCUCCUUAUAACCGUGAUUUUUGUGUUCUUUUAUAAUCGUAAAUUGCUGGUACAAAAGAGGAUCCAGAGAACAACUAUUUAGAAUGCUGCUGAAUUAGCAGAAGUCUGUAAUCAAAUUAUAAAAGGAGAGACCUUUCUUUUGAACAAAAGUGUGCUAAGAACUUCAGACAGUGUGAUUACCUGUAGCCAACAACUGAUUCAGAAUCACUAUAUAACAAAAACUCUGUCAGAAGAAGAGCUCAAGUUUCCUUUGGCCUACAUAAUAGUUAUACACAAAGACUUCGAAACCUUUGAGAGACUCUUCAGGGCAGUUUACAUGCCCCAGAAUGUUUACUGUGUUCAUGUGGAUAAGAAGGCAGCCCUUGAGUUUUAUGUAGAAGUGGGAGAAUUUCUGAACUGUUUUCCCAAUGCUUUCCUUGCCUCAAAGAUGGAAUAUGUAGUCUAUACUGGAAUAUCCAGGCUCCAGGCUGACCUGAACUGCAUGAAAGACCUUGCAGCCUCUGAGGUUCAGUGGAAGUACAUUAUUAACACUUGUGGGCAAGAUUUCCCUCUGAAAACCAAUAAGGAAAUAAUCCAGCAUUUGAAAGGAUUUAAAGGGAAAAAUGUCACCCCAGGGGUGCUGCCUCCUGAGUAUAUGAUUUGGAGAACUAAAUAUAGCCAUGAAGAGCAUGCGGGUCCAGUUGUAUUUUUUAUUAACCAAACCCGGACAUUAAAAACCCCACCUCCCCACAAUCUGACCAUUUACUUUGGUUCGGCUUAUGUUGCCCUCAUCAGGGAUUUUGUCAACUUUGUUCUCCAAGACCAACGGGCCAUUGAUUUAUUUGAGUGGUCUAAGGACAGCUACAGUCCUGAUGAGCACUUCUGGGUGACUCUCAGUAGGAAUCCAGGGAAGUUCCGUGGCCUACAAGGGGCAAGGCAUCUCCUCGGAACGUUGCUGCAGGGAGGCUCUGAGAGGCUUCUGUAG